AUGUACAAAAAACUGGACACCUGUUAUGACCAAAUCGUGCACCCCCAGAAGUCCCGUUCUCUUCGAGUCCUGCUAGACUCGAUCAUGGGUCGUAUUGUCGAACUCAAGCACGAAAUGUCCGAUCUGGAAAAGACCGAAUUCCAGCCUUUCGACGACAUCAUUCAAGAUCUGAAAAUCACGCCCGACGAUGUCUCUCUUUCCGUCCCACGAUACUACAUUCACGGUCGAUCGGAGAGCUAUACUGUCCGCCAGAAGGUCCUUCAUCAAAUGAUCGAGCAAAUGGACGCAGAGAGCAAGACGAAGGAUGGGGAAAAACCAUCGAUGAAUCUUGACGAAGCUAUAAAAGUGCUCCAGAUGCACGAGCGAGCUCGACAGGGACGACUGCGAGCCAAGUUCAUGUGGGAAUUGAGCAUGGAAGAGGAGAGAAAGAGAAAAAUCAGCAAAGGCCUGAAAGUCCUGUCCGAAGCAGAUGCCGCCACAAUGGUCCAAAAGAAGUGGCGAGGGUACAUCGCCAGGCAAAAGACGAAAAAAGCCAGGUCUGAGGAGCUAACUUUCAUUGGAAUGCGCCCUGGCGAGGCGAGGCCAGUGGAGACUGAUGAGCUCAAAAAGGCCAAGGACACGGAGGACAUUCGAAGAGAGCGGCUCAAAAAGCAUGAGAUUGAUUAUCAAAGAGCGCUGGUGGACAUAAAACAAAACCUUUACGUUUCAAAGGGACCCGCGAUAAAAGAAGAGCUCCAGGACCAAAUUCGCCAGUGGUUCAUUGAGUGUCGCGACAACUCCGGCAAGUUUCCAGAUUAUCCCGACGAAGAGGAGGGCGGCAGUGCGAAAUUGUUUGUGAACAAAACGCCCGAAGAGAUUGAAGCGGAAAUUAAAGCCAAAGAAGAAGCCAAAGAGGCGAAGGGCAAAAAAGGAAAGAAGGGCGGAAAAGACAAGAAAGAGAAAAAGGAGAAGAAAGGCAAAGGAAAGAAGGGAAAAGACAAGGGCGCCGCGGAAGAAGAUCCGGGAUGGAAAAUGAAGCCGUCGAAAUUUAACGAAGACGUGGACGGACGAUUGACAGACUAUGACACGAGAUGGAAAUUCCGCGACGAGAGCCACAACGUCAGCCAGCGCCACGACGAAGAAAUCAUCAAGGAAGAAAAAAUCCUCGAAGUCGAAGAAGAGCUCAGAAAAGAAGUCGACGUCAUCAUGCGCGAAGAGCUGGAAAAUCUAAAAGCGGCGCUGGAUAAAGACAAGGGCAAGAAGGGCAAAAAAGGAAAGAAAGGCAAAAAAGGAAAGAAGGGUAAAAAAGGUAAAAAAGGGAAGAAGGGCAAGAAAGGAAAGAAGAAGGGGAAGGACCUAACAGCUGAUCGAACUCCGGAAAGUCUUUACCAGGAGCUUAUCAAACAAGGAAUCAUCAAGCGACCAGAAAGGGUGAUGCUGGAAGAUUAUCUCGGCGAAUUCAGCUAUUUGGGCACUACCCUCCGUUCUAUGCAAAAAGAAGGCCAGCCCUCGACCUGGGACAUCAAGCAAAUGCUCACGUUAUAUGGAAUUCUACCGCUUGGCUCGGAAACAGUCCACGAAAACGCGCCCCUGGUCAAGUCGAUGCUUCUGGCUGGUCCGCCAGGCUGCGGCAAAAAGCUGCUAGUUCAAGCGAUGGCAAAUGAAGUCGGCGCCAACUUGUUCGAUUUAACGCCAGAGAACUUAGUCGGAAAGUAUCCGGGAAAAAGCGGACUCAAAAUGCUCAUUCAUAUGGUCUGGAAAGUCGCCGAAAUAUUUCAGCCUUCAAUAAUACAUAUUGGCAACGCGGAAAAGACAUUUUACAAAAAGGUUCCAAAAGCAGAAAAGCCACUCGAUCCGAAACGAAUUAAAAAAAGACCUGCCAAAGCAGAUGAAAGAAGUAAAAGCUGGCAAACGCAUCCUACUCGUGGGAACGAGCAGCGCCCCGUCUACGAUAAAAUCGUCAUGGUUCCACGGCCCUGCUACGGCGAUCGAAAAAUUAUCAUUGAAAAGCGCAUUUAUGACAAGUUAGAAGAGAUCCAGACAGCUUUUAUCGAUUUUUCGAGCUUGGCAAAGAUGACUGAUGGAUACGCCACUUCACAGAUUAUUCAAGUUAUUAACGAUACGAUAAACGAGAGGCGUUUGAAUCAAGUGGGCCGUAAACCGAUAAAAACAGAAGAAUUCAUCGUUGAGCUGGCGGGGCACCAGCCAAUCUUUGCCGAACAAGAGGACGCUUUCACCCAAUGGUUCGAGAAAACACCCAUAGGAAAGAAAAGAAAGAAAAUCCUCUCGCCCGACGAAGGCGGCGAUGUCGGCAAAGGAGCCAAAAAGGGCAAGGGUGGCGGAAAAAAGAAAAAGAAAUAA